AUGAUCCUUAAUCCUAAGAGGUACAACUACUUUAUAGAACUAGAGACGGCUGACGACGCUCCGCGCGCGCCUAUUGGUGAUGAUGGCCGCUCCAUGAUGCGCAAAUACAUGAGCAAGCGGCAGCGGCCAUGCGACUUUUGCCGGUCACGAAAGUCGGCCUGCCGGAUUGAGGGCCAGCCACCGUGCCGCCUGUGUCUACUCCACGGCCGGGACUGCACCUUUGUUGAGGCGGCAAAGCCGCGCAAGAAGCCGGCUGACCAUGUCGGUGGCCGUUUCGAAUGCGGCUCGCCGGCUGCCAGCAGUCUCAUUGCUCGUGAUGCCUCGUCCACGGUGGGCGGCUCAUCUCCUGUGCAAGAGGCCCUUGCUGCUCUAUCCCCGUCUGCCCAGGAGACUGCUUCGGGGCGGGCGCUGCUGUCUCCCUUUCAGCCCGACGCUAGCCUGGCUUUUGCCGACACAAGCCUCGAUUUCCUCUAUGACCUUGCCAUUGAUGGCUCAGAAUAUCAAUUUCUGCGUAGAACACCACACAGCCCAGCCGGCUCGAUGGUCUCGGCUGCGCCGCCGCCCGAAGCCCGGCCGCUCGCCCCCAUCGUGCAGCAUGUCAAGCCCGCCAAUGGCGGCGCGUCAUUGCUAGAUGCAGCUGGAAGCGCCUUUCCGGAGAUCAUAGGCCUCAGUGGUGAUAUGGACCCCUUCCUGUUGCGGAAAUAUAGGACCGAUACCUGCGGCAUCUUCAAAUUCAAGCAACUGGCUGUGCACUCUGUUCAGCACGCUGCUGAAUACCCCGUCCAAUUCUUGAUAUCGCCAGCUUCGAUAUUUGACCACAACAGGGAGGAGACAGGAUAUGUGCUUGCGGCUGAGAGCGAGCUCCGGGUCGAGCUAGAACAGCUGGUGUCUGUCGAUCAGGGAAAUCGCCUGAUCCGCUUGUACGAGAUGCUCGUGGCAAGCCAAUAUCCUAUCUUCUCCGCCCAAGCCUCCCCCACUGCAGAAUCGAGCCCGCCUCAUCUCUUGGCAGCUGUCUAUGCCAUGGCUUUCCCAUUCGCGACGUACGACGACAAGCUUUGUAUUGAUUUGGCUUAUAAUUCACCGCCGUACCCCAGUCUGUCUUGCAUCAUGCACAGAUUGAUGGCCAUUGAAGCCCAUUCCCCGAGCCUGGCAGGAGUCCAGGCGCUAUUAUUAACAGUGUCACGUCAAACGUCAAAUCCUUUGGUCUCUGAUGCCUCAUAUCGUUGGAGCAUGGUCGGGCGGUUGGUCGCCCUGGCCGUGAACUUCGGGCUGAAUUUGGAUCCAACAACGUGGAGCAUUUCCGAGUCACAAAUUGCCCAGCGUCGCCGGAUUGCUUAUAUCAUCUACUCUACAGACAGAUGGCUGGCUGCAGCUUUGGGAAGGCCACCGCACAUUGAUGACGCAAAUUGGCUUGUGACGUCUCUUGAGCCUACUGAUCUGGUGGAUUCGGGACUGGUUUCGAAUCAGUGGAAUCAAUUGUUGGCACAUUCGUCACUGACCGCAGUUCUAAACACCACUCUGUCCCAGUUAUACUCGGUGCGUGUCGUUCAAGUCUUGGCAAGAGACCACCAGCACAUUGCGAGUAUCACCGACGGUUUGCUUAUCCAGUUGGCCACCGCAGCAGGUCAAAACCAGGAGUGCCUAGCGACUAGCGAGCAAUUCCAUGACUCAAUGAUGCAUGAUGUCACAAAGCUCAUGCAUAUUUACCUCCACCUGCUCAUUCUACGCGCAGCCAUGCGGCCAUUGUUGAGGUUCGACGGACCCAUAACAGAGAUGGGAAUCGCUGAUCACGAAGGACGGCUUCGCUUGAGGUCCGGAUUUCUGGAGCCCUCACAAUACAUCUUCCACUGUUUUCACGGCUUCCCAGGCCAUGCCAUAUCCUGCUUGGAAGCCAGUCCCGCCAGCACCAUAAUUGUGUACGACCACACGCUUCUCGCCCAUUACUACUAUUUCGUCUCUCUCCACCCGAGCACCCCCAUUUCUGGAUGGCCGGAGGCCGGCGAAAGCAGCAAGCAGCUCGGGUGGUUCUCCCCUCAGCUCGGAGCUUAG